UGACUCCGGCGAAUCAGACCCCGAGUGUGAAAAACAGGGUGGGGGCAGAGAUAGACCUUCGGGCAGACUGCACUGGUUCAGUGCGUAUCCUAGGAACAUGGCCGAUGGUUAAUGCUGCUGAUUAACCAGAUGAGACAGUCAAAACUGUUUUGUUACAUGAGAAGGUACAAGAAAAGGAGUUUAAACUUGGCAAGGUGGUUAGCUAGCUACCGACCGUCGAUCGAGCAGAGGGGGUGUUAUUGGCUGGAGAAAAGGAAAACAACAUGGCGGCCUUGGAGCUCGAAUGGAUCCCAGAGACACUGUACAACACUGCUAUAUCAGCAGUGGUGGACAAUUACAGUCGAUCGCGAAGAGAUAUUCGUUCCCUCCCUGAAAAUAUUCAAUUUGAUGUGUAUUACAAGCUGUACCAGCAGGGUCGGCUCUGCCAGCUGGGAGGGGAGUUCUGUGAGCUGGAGGUGUUUGCCAAAGUUCUAAGGGCAUCUGACAAAAGACACCUCCUGCACCAUUGCUUCCAGGCCCUGAUGGAUCAUGGGGUGAAAGUGGCUUCUGUCCUGGCCAACUCCUUCAGCCGCCGCUGCUCCUACAUUGCAGAGUCUGAUGCCCAUGUGAAAGAGAAGGCCAUUCAGUUUGGCUUUGUUUUAGGUGGCUUUCUGUCUGAUGCAGGCUGGUAUGGUGAUGCAGAGAAGGUGUUUCUGUCGUGUCUGCAACUGUGCACACUGCAUGACGAGGUGCUUCACUGGUACCGUGCUGUGGAGUGCUGUGUCAGGUUGCUUCAUGUCCGGAAUGGCAACUGCAAGUACCAUCUUGGUGAAGAGACUGUCAAGUUGGCCCAGUUGUAUAUGGACAAAUUGGCCAAACAUGGUCAUCAGGCCAACAAAGCUGCGCUCUAUGGAGAGCUGUGUGCGCUGCUCUUUGCUAAGAGCCACUAUGAUGAGGCCUACAGGUGGUGCAUAGAGGCAAUGAAAGAAAUCACAGUGGGUUUGCCUGUUAAAGUUGUGGUAGAUGUCCUGAGACAGGCCUCCAAGGCCUGUGUGGUAAAGAGGGAGUUCAGUAAGGCAGAGCAGCUGAUAAAGCAUGCUGUUUUCCUGGCACGUGAGCAUUUUGGACACAAGCAUCCCAAAUAUUCAGACACUCUCCUUGAUUAUGGGUUUUAUUUGCUGAAUGUGGAUAACAUCUGCCAAUCAGUUGCAAUAUACCAGACGGCUUUAGAUAUCCGGCAGUCGGUUUUCGGGGGAAAGAAUAUCCAUGUGGCCACAGCACACGAGGACCUGGCAUACUCCUCCUAUGUCCAUCUGUACAGCUCUGGCAAAUUUGACAACGCGCUAUUCCACGCAGAGAGGGCCAUAGACAUCAUCACUCACAUUCUCCCAGAGGAUCAUCUGCUGCUGGCCUCCUCCAAAAGAGUCAAAGCUCUGAUCCUGGAGGAGAUCGCUAUUGACUGCCACAACAAGGAAACAGAGGAGAGGCUGCUCCAGGAUGCCCAUGACCUCCACCUCUCCUCCCUCCAGCUGGCCAAGAAAGCCUUCGGGGAGUUUAAUGUUCAGACAGCGAAACACUAUGGCAACCUGGGCCGCCUCUACCAAUCCAUGAGGAAGUUCAAGGAGGCAGAGGAGAUGCACAUCAAGGCCAUCCAGAUCAAGGAGCAGCUUCUGGGUCAGGAGGACUAUGAGGUGGCUCUGUCUGUGGGCCACCUGGCCUCUCUCUACAACUACGACAUGAACCAGUAUGAAGAUGCUGAGAGGCUCUACCUGCGCUCCAUCGCUAUCGGUAAGAAGCUGUUUGGCGAGGGCUACAGUGGACUGGAAUACGACUACAGGGGCCUAAUUAAACUGUACAACUCUUUGGGGAACUAUGAGAAAGUCUUUGAGUACCACAAUAUUUUAUCCAAUUGGAAUCGGCUGAGGGACCGGCAGUUUGCUGUAGCUGAUGCCCUGGAGGAUGUCAACACCAGCCCCCAGGCCACAGAGGAGGUGGUGCAGUCCUUCCUACUGUCACAGAACCAUGGGGCCGGCCCACCUGCUUAGGCUUCCUACACAGACACAUGCACACACAUGCCCACACGCAGAUAGAAACGCUAAGGUGUUCACAGCUCGCUUAAAUCUAUUGAACACACCCUCUCCACAUCAAGUUACACGGUUGGCCUUGCAAUGGGCCACCUGGCUUUAGGGAAAUGCACUAUGGCCUGUGGAAUGCAUCUGAUCCAGUCUUUUUAUCGUUCUCCUGUGAUCAACCCUGCAAAUAACAUUUGAUGGGAGGAAUCACUUGCUAUACACUUUGCAUUACCUAACACCGCUUUCAUCUCCGUCAGUCUUCUGUUUUGAGACCG